UCUAGGGUAUAAAAAGCCCCAAAUUUCUUCGCUCGCGAAAAGCAUUUGGAGCUAACGUUAACCCAGUUAGAAUCAAAGAAACCAGAAGCAUCACAAACUCACUUUCAAUCCGUAGCUACAAUUCGUUGCUCUUAUCUUGUUUUUCGAAGAAGAAUGGCAACGUUUGAACUCUACCGCAGAUCGACGAUCGGAAUGUGUUUGACUGAAACUUUGGACGAAAUGGUCCAGAACGGUACUCUUAGUCCGGAGCUUGCUAUUCAGGUUCUUGUGCAGUUCGAUAAGUCCAUGACCGAGGCUCUGGAAUCACAGGUGAAAAGCAAGGUGACUAUCAAGGGACAUCUGCAUACCUAUCGAUUCUGCGACAACGUUUGGACGUUCAUUUUGCAGGAUGCAACGUUCAAGAACGAGGAUUCCCAGGAGACUGUGGGAAGAAUUAAAAUAGUAGCAUGCGACUCAAAGUUACUCACACAAUAAGCUGUUCCAGAUACCACUUUAUUAGAUGAAGUUUCCAUAAUUAUUUGCUGAUGAUUGAGGGAAAUAGUCACGAUGAGAGGAGAUGGCCACCAAGGCUGUGCUUCAUGUUGCAAGUUUGGAAAAGAUUCAAAUGUGAUUCUGUAAAGCUACUUUCACGCACAUUAACAUUACCUUUGAUCUUAAUUGGCUUCCAAAGCCAGAUUCAUGACAAUUAUACAACCCUUCUAGUUGAAUGAUAAUAAAACACGAGAUAUCUGUUUUCACAUUA